AUGAGAACGGCUGGUGUCAGAAACAAUGCUUUGCUGGAGGAUAUAGGUUCGCAGGAACUGAGUAUCGUAAGUCGUAUACCUCCAGUCUCAUGGAUUGCCAAAGCUAACUCGGGGCAGAUACGGAGUGUUGGUACCGAUGAGAGCUUGAAGAAGUGUGCUUGGAGUUGUCCCGGAGACGUAACGCAACCCUGUGGAGGGGAUGGCACAUAUGUUUCUAUCUUCUAUGACCGCACUCGAUAUACACCUGGGCCGGACUCGAUACCUGGUCUCCCUCCUGUCGUAUCAUCCUCGUCAUCGAGAGCUUCACAUACCUCGAGCAUGUCAACGGUUUCCCAGUCGAGCGUCAGUACUUCGGUUUCCACGACAGUUUCGUUGGGGACAACAUCGACCAAACCUAGCUCAACUCCAACUCAAACAGGUCCUGCUAUCGUCCGAUCGAUUGGCUCCUACUCGUAUGCUGGGUGUUACACUGAGUCAACGAAGGGUCGCGCUUUAUCUUUGAAGUCUUUCGCAGAUGAUACGAUGACUGUUGAGAUCUGUGCGCAAACCUGUGUCGGCUAUAUUUGGUUUGGUAUCGAGUAUCGCAGAGGGUGUAGGAUCCCGUUCGUAUCCUGA